CCUUCAUGUUGACCCAGUGGCUUCCAGCCACUGUGAAAACUAGGACUUUCCCUCCAUCAGCACUGGGAAGAGCGCAGAGCAGUGCAGCCAGUGUCACCAGUCUGAACUGGGUCAUCUCUGAGGCGAAGCUGGAAUCAUAAAAACAAAAAAGAGGUACAAUAAUAACAAGGAGACUUUAACUGAACUACUGUGAUCCGGAAGGUUUUAAUAUUUACUGUAGAUUGUCCACAAAUGUUUUCUUUGCAAUAGAGUUUAUAAUAGAAGUUGUUAGAGAAAUGCAUUGAGGAAACCUUUAAAAUUAAAUUACCUGACAUCAACAGUAAAUCCUCUCACCUAUUUCUCUGCGCAGAUCGUUUGAUGAGGAAUCAUGAGCAGGAGACGUCCAGGUUCUCAGUUUAACACAAUUUUAUCACAAUACGUCAAGAAAUGUGCAGUAACAGAGCUCUGGGUUCACUCUACACGUCCCUGAUACACAGAAGGCUGGUUCAGGUCAUGAAGUCUGGACCAGUCUCAUUUCUCUUAAAACCUUUUUUAUAUACUGACAGAUUUUGCUAAAAAAGGAAGGUAUCUCUUCCAGGAAGUGCCACCCUCUUGAUCCGUUGAUUCGUCAGUUUUAAUCAAUAUAGGGACGUACGCCAUGUCACCAGGCAGUAAUCUCUGCCCAGAACACUAUGUCCCUAUCCUGACCUGUUAUCAGAACUUGUUAAAACAAACCUCCGGCCUUGUUUUGACUUACAGAGAUAUAUUUGGAGACACAGAUUUUGCAAUGUCCACAUGAAAUCUAAAACAUGAAACAUAAAAUACACUACUGGUCAAAAGUUUUAGAACACACCAACUUUUCCAGAAUUUAAUUGAAAAUUAUGCAGUUUAAUGUCUCAGUGUACUCUGAAAUUAAUGCACAUUUGCAACAUUUAAAAUUCUUUAUUGAGCAUGAUAGUGUUUUGAAAGUAAAAAAAAGAUUCAAAAUCACAUUUUAUGUUGGACUAACGGACUAAAAAAAGACACAAAAUGACCAAAAAAAGACACAAAAUGACAAAAAAAGACACAAAAUGACCAAAAAAGACACAAAAUGACCAAAAAAAGACACAAAAUGACCAAAAAAAGACACAAAAUGACCAAAAAAGACACAAAAUGACCAAAAAAAGACACAAAAUGACCAAAAAAGACACAGAAUGACUUACAAAGACAUGAAAAGAAUUCAAAAAUGGACAAAAUAGCCCAAGACUCCAUAGAGUUAAGUUGUUAACCCAUUUCUUGUUCCCUGAAAAAGGCCUACUUGUAUAAUUCUGAAAUGUACAUUAUUUUUCAGUUUUGCUUACCUUUUUUAUUUACCUCUGGCAGUUCACCACUUACCUUUGUACCCUCCCUGGCUUUUCAUUUGACUUGAACUGCUUGAAUUUCAAUAAAAAACUGGAAAAAUUGGGGUGUUCUAAAACUUUUGACCGGUAGUGUUUAUAUUUUUUGUGAUUAUAGAAUCUUAAUCAGUUUAAGCAAAUGGAAUAUAUGUAUUUAAAGUCAAACAGAAAAGUCUUCAGUCUUGAUUGAAAAGAGUUGAGAGCUGCAGCAGAGCUUUUUUUGGGAGCUUGUUCUAGAUAUGUGGUGCAUAAAAACUGAAUGCUGCCUCUCCAUGUUUAGUUCUGACUCUGGGAACAUGGAGCAGACCUGUCCCAGAUGAUCUGAGAGUUCUGGAUGGUUCGUAGCUAAGCAGAAGAUCAGAAAUGUAUUUCGGCCCUAAACCAUUCAUUGCUUUUUAGACCAACAAUAGUGUUUUAAAAUCAGUUCUUUGACAGACAGGAAGCCAGUGUAAGGACCUCAGAACUGGAGAAAUAUGAUCUACUUUUUUGGUCUUAGUAAGGACUCGAGCUGCAGCGUUUCUGAAUGAGCUUUUUUGUUUAAUUUGAGACAAUUCCAUUGUAUCGUUGAUUUGCUCAAUGCAUCUACAUAGUUCUAGUAUUGACUAUAGUCCCCUGGUGAUAUUGUUAUGGAAAUUUGUGUGUUGUCCUCAUAGCUAUGGUAAAAUAUUUUGUUGCUUUUCAUGAUCUGAGCCAGUGGCAGCAUGCAGAUGUUAAACAGAAGCGGCCCCAGGAUGGAACCUUGCGGAACUCCACAUGUAAUUUUUGCACAUUCAGAUGUUUAAUUACCUACAGAGACAACGUAGUCCCUGUCCUUCAAUAAAUGUCAUUGAAGACCUUCACAAGAGCCGUCUCAGUGCUGUGGUGUGGUCUAAAUCCUGACUGGAAGACAUCAGAACAGCUGUUCAUUAACAUUAAGUUGUUCAGUUGCUUUAAAACAGCUUUUUCAAUGAUUUUACUGAGAAAUGGGAGGUUUGAUAUUGGUCUAUAAUUUCUCAUUAGUGAAGCGUCUCAAUUGUUCUUUUUAAAUAAAGGUUUGAUAACAGCAGUUUUCAGGGACUGUGGGAAGACACCUGAAAGAAGAGGCGUGUUAACAAUCUGUAGGAGGUCUGAGGCCAUGCAGUUUGAGACAUUUUUGAAAAGGUCUGUUAUAUAUCCUCCAAGUUUUUAGCGUUAAUCACGUAAAAUUGUGUCAUGGUAUUUGAAUUGAUUUUAAGUGGACUCAUUGAUAACACAUUUCCUGCACAUGAUGUUGAGGCACUGACCAAUCUUUAAAAACCUCAUCAUGCAGAAAUGAAGCAGCCAGCAUGUUUUUCUAUGAUUGUUUUAAGGAUGAAAAGAGAAUUAGUCGACGAUGAAUGGUUUAUGUUAAGCAGCUGAACACAUUUGAACGAAACAGUUUUCAGGCAGGAUAACAAUUUAAGGAAUUAAUUCAGUUUAUACCAGUUCAAAACAGUGUAACUAUAUCUUUGAUAAAAACAUGUUACUUCCUGCUACCUGGUAUGAAAUAAUCCACUCUUAGGUUACAUGUAGCUCAACAACUCUUGUUUCUCUUCUGCAGAGAUACAAAAUCAGCGUGAGCUUCUGUGCGUGUUGUGAAACCUGCAGUCUGAAGGGCAAAAGCUUUAACGCUCAUCGACAAGCUUAGUUUACACUUUGUGUGAAUAUAGUUGAUUGACAAUGUCUCAAUUCAUGUUGUACUUACAGUGGAAAGGUGUCGUACAGCAGAUUAACAGUCUCAGAGUCGACAGCAGAUCUGCUCUUUAACUGCUGUGUGACUGACGAGCCUUACACUGACUGUUGUGCAACAUGUGGGUCAGAGGCAAGGGUCAACACAGGUUGUUUGAUGAUUGAACUGACUGAAGCUGUGAUGUUUCACUGCAAUUGUAGUUUGAAAUGAUCAAACAGAGACAUGUCAGGCUAUGACAAAUAUUUCCUGAUGUUUACAAGAGAAAUGCUGCCAGGAUGGAGAAGCUGCACAAACACAAAGAACUCAAACACUUUAAUGUUUCCACCUCUUAUUCCUCUGUUUGAGAUCCUCAUCAUGUGCUUGUGAAUGCAAGAUUCAUGGAACAUUUAACGAUUUAGCAAUUGGCAUGACUUUUUGUCCAAUCAUGUACCAUUUAAUCUCUAUUUUUUGUGUUUUCUGUGCACUCCAGGAAGAGUAAGUCCCAUCAGGAUACGAAACAAACUCAUGUUAAAGUAUUUUUUCCUGAGCUUUUUGUCUCAUUCUGGGUUUUACUUUAGAAGCUGAAACCACAAUAAGGAAUAUUUUUAUUUUUUGUUUUUCUUACAGUUUGAGGCUGAAGACAUGCUACUUUCUAAUAUUUACACCUCCCUUAUACCUCUCCUCUCACUGCUUUGAUCAUAUUUAUACAUUUUAAACAUUUCAAGAUAUCAACUGAAUAUCUUUGUGUUUUUUGUCAUUUAUUAUAUUUUGCAUUUGUUCAUCUUAUAAAGAAUGUAUUCCAACAAAUGCACGAUUAAAUGAACUCAAACCAUAUAUAAAAAUACGGUGAAGUGAGUUUGAAUGAAUGAGAGUGAAAAAUGUGCCAGAAAGCAAAGCAUUAAUCAAAUACAGUCAGGUUGAGAGAAUUCAUACAGAUGCUAAAUCCUGAAUGUGAGACAUUAAUUGUACAAAUAACAAUAUUGGAGAAAAAGUAAUUUUAGUGAGUUUGCUGGGACAUAUAAUAAGUGACAAAUGCAUUUGGCCACUUUAUCUUGUGAUGAAAAGGAGAAUAUAAGUUCAUAACAACUUUGAUUCUUAGUGCAAGUUACAGGAGUGCUUUAGAGCUGGUCCAACUGAUGAAAUAAACACACACUGACAUGUUGGUAGACAUUGCUCCCUGUCACAUGUUCCUGCUGGCUGGAAAACAAAAAUGUUGUUCAACCUGUUUAGGGUCAGUCGGACAAUCAAAAUGUUCACGCCUCACCGGAGGAUUUAAACAUUGUUGAUCAGAGCUGAGAUGACAUUUUAAGGAGUGAGAUCGCUGCUGAAACACACGUUGGAGUUUGUCAACUGAUGAAGUGAAGAGACACGUUGGUGAGUUCUGCUGACUGAAAUAUAACUUUUUUUUACAUUUGAUAUUAUUUUUUAUUUCUUUUGACUUCAUGUAAUGAUAAUCAUUUAUCCAAUGUAUGAUGGGAUGGACUCAAGUCCUUUUUUUCUCCUUGAACAGGAGAUAAAGGGUAAAAAAAAAUAUGAUAGAUGAAUGAGUAAACAAAUGAAAAUGUGUGAAGAAUAACUUAGCAAACUGCGCAGUAUGAGAAAGGUCAAAUGAGUUGGAUUAAAAACUCAACAUGUACCUGAAGUUUAACUGAGUGACAAACAUUGAAUUAUCUGGAUGAAAUAAACUGCUGAUAUUUUGGCAGAAAAUGUUUCCUGUUGAGUGAAAAUAUAAUGUUGUUCAUCUCUUUAUAGUGUCAGCAGGCCUGUUGAAAUGAGAUCCUUCAAUCUUCUGCUUCUUUGAGGCAUUUUGAGGAUGUUUCUAUUCCUCUAAAGUGAAGCUGAACAUGAAGAGUCACAUUUUCUUUUUGACACAUUUGGUUUGUUCUGGCUGGAAACCAGCUGCAUGUACAAGGAAACUGUUGUCUUUUUUUAAUCAAGAGGAAAAUAUUUGACUGAGUGACAUUCUGGCAACAAAAUCACACAACAUUUCUUGAUGUUAAGUCAUUCUGUGGGAGGAGUAACAGAAAGUAGAAUUUGACACUUUUGAUCAGAGCUGAGACGUCACUUUAUGGAGUGAGAUCUCUGCUGAAACACACGUUUGGAGUUUAUCAACUGAAGAAGUGAAGAGACACGUUGGUGAGUCCUGUUGACUGAAAUAUAACUUCACUUUAAAAUGUCUGAGAAAAUUACUGUUGUUGAAAGUUUCCUGAGCUGCCAUGUGUGUUCAGAGACUUUCAGAGAUCCUGUGUCUCUGAGCUGCAACCACAGCUUCUGUUCAAGCUGCCUGCUGAAAUUCUGGGAACAAACUGAAAACAAAAACUGUCCCAUUUGUAAAAGAAAAUCAUCAAAUAUUCCUCCUCUGAACUUUGCUCUGAAGGAACUGGCUGACUCUUUUGCUGGGAGACAGAAAUCUGGAUCAUCUGAGACAGAAAAAGAAGAGAAGAAGCUGGAGGUGGUGUGUAGUAAACAUCCAGAAGAGACUAAACUGUUCUGUAAGGAUGAAGACAGAGCUGUGUGUCCUGUCUGUGAGUUUUCUCUCCACCAGAGUCACAAAGUGGUUCCUAUAGAACAAGCAGUCAGUGACCUGAAGGACCAGCUGAAAUCUGACUUACAGUCUCUGCAGGACAAGAGGGACAAAUACAAACAAGGGGAGAAAACAUACAAUGAAGUGAUUGAACACUUCAAGAAGCAGCUGUUGUCCACAGAGAGACAGAUCAGAGCAGAGUUCAACAAGCUCCACCAGUUCCUGAGAGAGGAAGAGGAGUCCAGACUGGCAGCUCUGAGGGAGGAAGAGGAGCAGAAGGGGAAGACUAUCAGCAGAGAGAUGAAGAGGAUUCAGGAGCAGAUCUCCUCUCUGUCAGACAGUAUCUCUGCUGUUGAAGAAGAGCUGCAGAAACACAACGUGCCAUUCCUCAGCAGUUAUAAAGCCACUCAGACCAGAGCCAGAGUCCAGUGCUCACUGUCAGAUCCACAGCUGCUCUCAGGAGCGCUGAUAGAUGUGGCCAAACACCUGGGCAACCUGUCCUUCAGAGUCUGGGAGAAGAUGAAGGAGAAGGUCCACUUCAGUCCUGUCAUUCUGGACCCAAACACUGCAAACCCCUGGCUCUAUCUGUCUGAUGAUCUGACCAGUGUGAGAAAUGAAGACACAAAGCAGCAGCUUCCUGACAAUCCAGAGAGAAACACUAACUGUGUCAAUGUUCUGGGCUCUGAGGGCUUCAGCUCAGGGAAACACAGCUGGGAGGUGGAGGUGGGAGAUCAUCCUCGCUGGUUUGUAGGUUUAGUUAAAGAGUCAGCUGACAGGAAGGGGAAGAGCUCUGCUACACCAGAAUAUGGAAUCUGGUGUUUAAGGCAUGGUGAUGGAAAAUACACUAAUGUUGUUGGUCAGACUGUCAAAGUGAAGAAGAGUCCCCAGAGGAUCAGAGUCCAGCUGAACUAUGACAAGCGGAAGGUCUCCUUCUAUGACCCUAAAGACAUGACUCACAUCUGCACUCACAGACAAACUUUCACUGAGAAACUCUUCCCAUAUUUCAGUAUUGGAGAGGCUGGUGAUGCUAAAACUGCUGAUAUCAAAAUCUGUCCAACAGAUUUUUCUCUGUAAUGUUCAGGAAUGUUAAUGUUUGUUCAGACUUUAUUCUGAUUUCAUCAUCUAUCUAGAUCUCAGUGGAAUCAUUUAAAGACAAAAGUUGUAAAUAUAAACUCAAUACUCGAGCUGCAUUACAGGUGAUAAACGUUCAUACAGGUUUAAAUCAGUUCUAAUGUUUGGAUUUUAAGAAACAGGUUUAGUGUUUUAGUGACAAAAGUUAUAAAUAUUAAUUAUCCUGAUUAUCAGCAUUUAAUGUAAAAUCAAAUAUUUUAGUCUUUCAUCACUUUGUUUUUUAUUUGUAGGGUUUUUUUAAAUUAAUUUUUCAGUUUAUUGAGUUAUUUCAGUUUUGCAUCUGUUGUUUUAUUAAAUGUUGCAAUGUUUUAUUUUCAUUCAGUCUUUAAUUCUUAAACUGCUUCUUCAUACUGUAGAUGAUAUUUUGUAGACAAAAGUUAUAAAUAUUAAUUAAAUUUGUAAAUAUUAAUUAUCCUGAUUACCAACAUUUACUUUUAAAUCAAAUAUUUUAGUCUUUCAUCAAUUUUAGUAUUUUAUGUUUUUUUUUUUUUAAUUAACUUUCAGUUUAUUCAGUUUUGGAUCUGUUGUUUUAUUAAAUGUUGCAAUGUUUUAUUUUCAUUCAGUCUUUAAUUCUUACACUGCUUCUUCAUACUGUAGAUGAUAUUUUUUGUAGUGUACACAUGGUGAAUAACAUGAAUGAUAAAUGUCACGUUUGUGAUGAACAAAAAGGAAAUACCAGCAGAACAAUUUAGUUUGUUUCCUCAAUUAAAUAUAUUAAAAAUAAUCAAAUGUG